GAGGACAGAAAUAAAACAUGCAGCUCUAUCUCUACUGCGAACCGUUUUCUUCGAAGCACCCCCUCGCCUCCCAACAGAACUUAACUUCUUGUCCAAAGACCUGGAGAAACCUUCCCCAAAUAUGUGGGCGGCGUUGUAAGAAAAACGGCCCUCGGCACAUGCUCAGAGGCACUUCGCCUGCGCCAGAAAAGGGUCCCGGGCAGGGCCGGUGCUAUCGUGAGGCAGUCGCCCAGGGCACAGGCUGCAGGGGGAGUUCAUAUAGAUCCGCUUGGGUCAUGUCCUAUAAAUAUCUAGGGAAGUACGUUCCAGGUAGCAGGUGCCACUACACUAAAGACCCUGCUCUGGGCAGCCACAAACUGAAUUGCAGGAGCACCAUCGGGAAAACCUCACCAGAUGACCGAAGCCACCACGCAGAAGCCUUCCCAAAGUGCCCCAUGUAUUUCCCCUCAUAUAUCAGUGAAUAUUUACGUCUCAUUCCUAGGGGGGAAAUGCCUUGGUGCAAAAAUGGUUCUCCAGCCCUGACACUGGGUGGUCUGGUCCUUGCCGAUACAGAUGUCGAUGAGGGUGUACACAGUGCAUCUUUGUGUAGAGAUACAAAUGGUAUGUUUUUGUGCAAUAUCUCCACACACAACUGUCUAUAUAAUGAUGGCUGCAUCAUCAUAAUUAUUAUACAGAGUAUACCUAAAAUUUUCUUUGUACUGUUGAGAGAUGAAAAGCAACACAGUCGCUAUCCAUGGGUUUGCAGACUUGAUAAACACAAUGCAAAAAGGAUGGAGGGGGAAGACGAAAACAAGAAAUGAGUAAUAAUUGGAAAAGGAAAAUGGAAGAGAAUGACUGUGUUUGUAGGAAAUAGGCGGAACCCUGAACAGGAACGAUCCUUUUAGAAGGGAGGAUGCAACGCACAUUCUGUUGGAGGGCUCACUUGUGAUUACUAGGAGACAGGCACUCUCCAAUGGCUGAUUAGUACGCAUACAUGAAACAAAAAUUUUCUUUUUUAACACCAUACAAGAUUAUUCCUGUUGUUGUUGUUUAGUUGUGU